CCAGAGAAGCGACGCCAUCAGCGCCGGCCCACUGCGCAGGCGCAACCCCCCGGCCCGCAUGCGCACUUAGUCCGGCGCGGCCUGAGGAAAUCUUUUACACGCCUGCUGCGUCAGUCUCUUGUUUCUCCUCCUUUCUAGUCCCAGCAGGACUUCAUUGGAAUAUUAUUUGGAGAGUGUCAUGGAAGUUCUGCGCCCACAGCUUAUAAGAAUUGAUGGUCGGAAUUACCGGAAGAAUCCCAUCCAAGAACAGACUUAUCAACAUGAGGAAGAUGAUGAGGACUUCUAUCAUGGCUCCAUGGAGUGUGCUGAUGAGCCCUGUGAUGCCUACAAGGUGGAGCAGACCUCGCAGGGAUUCCGGUCUACCGUGAAGGCUCCCAGCUUGCUCUACAAGCAUAUAGUUGGAAAGAGAGGGGAUACUAAGAAGAAAAUAGAAAUGGAGACCAAAACUUCUAUUAGCAUUCCUAAACCUGGACAAGAUGGAGAAAUUGUAAUCACUGGCCAGUAUCGAAAUGGUGUAAUUUCAGCCCGAACUCGGAUUGAUGUUCUUUUGGACACUUUUAGAAGAAAGCAGCCCUUCACUCACUUCCUUGCCUUUUUCCUCAAUGAAGUUGAGGUUCAGGAAGGGUUCCUGAGGUUCCAGGAGGAAGUACUGAAGAUGUGCUCCAUGGAUCAUGGGGUUGAUAGUAGCAUUUUCCAGAAUCCCAAAAAGCUUCAUCUCACUAUUGGAAUGUUGGUGCUUUUGAGUGAAGAAGAGAUCCAGCAGACAUGUGAGAUGCUACAGCAGUGUAAAGAGGAAUUUAUUAAUGACAUUUCUGAGGGCAAACCUCUGGAAGUAGAGAUGGCAGGAAUUGAAUACAUGAAUGAUGAUCCUGGCAUGGUAGAUGUUCUUUAUGCCAAAGUCCACAUGAAAGAUGGCUCCAACAGGCUGCAGGAAUUAGUUGACCGAGUACUGGAACGUUUUCAGGCAUCUGGACUUAUAGUGAAAGAGUGGAAUAGUGUGAAACUGCAUGCUACAGUUAUGAAUACACUAUUCAGGAAAGACCCCAAUGCUGAAGGCAGGUACAAUCUCUACACAGCAGAUGGCAAAUAUAUCUUCAAGGAAAGAGAAUCAUUUGAUGGCCGAAACAUUUUAAAGUUGUUUGAGAAUUUCUACUUUGGUUCCCUGAAGCUGAAUUCAAUUCACAUCUCUCAGAGGUUCACAGUAGACAGCUUUGGAAACUAUGCGUCCUGUGGACAAAUCGACUUCUCCUGAGGUGGACCUUGGAAAGCACUAGAAAUGGGACAUCCUCACAAAGUGCUGGAGAAAAGUGUCUUCGUUUGAAUCACCAAUGAGGGGUGUGGAAAUCUGGAUGCUGACUGUCCUGGGUGGUUCUCCAUGUACUCACCAUCACCUCUGAUGUGUCUAGUCAUCAGACUGUCGGUCAGGAUGGUUGUGGGCACUUGUGCCCAUAACCCUUGGUGUGUUCUUUUUCAUUUUUCCUUUCAAUUUUUUAAUUGUGGUAAAAUACUCAUAAAAUGUACUGUCUUAACCAUU